UCUUGGUUACCGCAUUAGUAUCAAACCCACAACUGGGCAGGUCGGCAAAACUUCGAGCUCCGGACGGCAGUAUCUUAUCUAAAAAACAGGACACUUCUGAAGAUUCUCGGCUUAUCAACUUAAAUUUGCUGAUUUAAUAAAACAAUGUCAGAUGCACUGGAAGCGGAUUUUGGAUCUGGCGACGAGGCAGGUGCGAAACCUACCUACACUGCACAGGCCUCCUCCCUGAGGCAGAAUGGUCACGUGAUGCUGAAGGACCGUCCCUGUAAGAUCACGGAGAUAACUACAACCACAGAAGGGAAACAUGGCCAUAGCAAGGUUACCAUAGUUGGAGUUGACAUCUUUACUGGUGACGAGUACGAGGAUGUGGUCCCCAGCACCCAGAACCUUGACGUUCCAAAUGUCUCGCGCAAGGAUUAUCGGUUGACGAAUAUUGAAGAUGGCUUCCUGCACCUCAUGGACUAUGGACUCAUGGACUGCGGAGAUAUGAAAGCAGACCUAAAGGUACCAGGGGGCGAUCUUGGCAACGAGAUACAAAGUCGGUUUGACAAUGGAGUCGAAUUUAUGACUGUUACUGUUUUGUCCGCCUGUGGUGAGGAGAAGGCCAUUGCCAUCAAGAAGAUAGCUUAAAAAGACUAGCGUUGAUUCCCAAAGGGCAAAUUUCAGUAUUUACGGAAAGGCGCAGAUGACACACUUUCAGCCUCAAAAUGAUUAGGUACCCUUGGCAAAAGUGCCUGUAGAAAUAUUUUUCUUGAGAUAUGUUUGGAUUUUGGAGGUGCAUAUUAUAGGUAAGGGUUGGAGCUUCUAUAUUGUGUUAAAUAAACAGAUUUUUAGUGAUAUUUGUGGUUGCAGUAGGCUUUAGAAGUUAGGUGCUUUGGUGCUUUUUAAAGGCAGUGAAAAUGGGUGAAAAGGUCACCACCUAUGUUUUCAUGGCGUAUAUUAUAAUUCCGCCGUAAUUUUUUUCAUUUUUUUGUCGUCAAACUACUCUUUAGAGGACCGACAACCAUGCAAAUGUGAGUUUUUCAUGUUCUAAAACUCAGGUGAUUUUCUACAGUUUUUAAAGAAUAGGCAGUCCAAAUACCGAAAUUUACUCCGAAAGAGCACAAAACUAGCCCGUAGACUACGGGGGGGGGGGGGGGCAUUUUUUUUCCAAAGGGAUCGCAACAUAAUUGGAAUUGCAGUAGAAUCCGUGCUAUUAUAUGCAAUGUGGCGGUUACUUUAACGAUGUCCUGAGUAUUCAAUGGUCUUCUUAUUGUCAUAACAUAGUUCUGAUUUUCUUUAUCAUGGUGACGGAUAAUUCGGUAAAUGGGAGUUUUGUUAAUGUCAUUGAUCGAUGUUUUAACUAGUGUAUUUAGUGCUAUUGAUCGAUAUUUUUAACUAGUGUAACGCUAGAUGUAUUUUAUCCAUCUUGGUCUUCAGCAAAAUGUUACUUAACUAUUGACGAUUUCAACGACAAACUGUAACGUUCAACACGCAAUUCAGCCCUUGGCUGCAAUGUGGCAAAACUGUUACAUCCGAAUAAACCAUUAUUAUUCUAUAAUAUAGUUUUACGUCGAUUAAGGUUAGACAUCCAGGAAAUAAUCUACGCCAAAACGCAGUUACUCAAGCAGCUGGAUAUGGUUUUGGAAACGGUCAGACGUUUCAGAUAGUAUCCACUAUCUUUCGUCAGAUGGUUAAUGUCAUCUGAAAUGUCUGACCAUUUCCAAAACGAUAUCCAUUACGUUGCUUGAGUAACUGCUUGUUGGCGUUUUUGGAGUUUUACUUACUGAUUUUGUAUAAUCAACAAUCUGUGUCCGUUGUGAGACAAACUUGUCUAUUUACCUCUAGAAUGUACCACACAGGAAUACAAUAAACUACAUGAAUCACAA